AUGGCAGAUACGAUUAUAAAUUACACGGAAUUGUAGAAUGAGUAUAAAGAUAUGGCCUAAAUGAUCAUCCAAAACUUUGAGUCUACAUGCUUUGAUUAGAGAAUGGAGGCGUUUCUUUAAGGAAUGCUUAAUAAGGAUUGGGUGCAGGCUAUGACUAACAGCCAUACUCUAAAGGGUUCUGCAGGUUACAUCAAGGCUGGCCCAUUUAUAGAUACUAUCAAGAUUUUUUAGUAGUUUGUCAAAGAUCAUUGCAUACUUAUUUAAUAUCCUGAUAGCCAACCUCCCACUGUUGACAGGCCACAAUACCGCUUGAAAGAUGAAUUUGAUGAUGAAAAAAAAAUGCAGGCGUAUGAAUAUUUCCAUCCCAUAAUCGAAUAAGCACGAUUGCUCAAAUUUGAAAUGUCUAAAUACUCUGGCUCGGUUGUUGCAGAUAAUAUCUUUCUAGCUGAAGGAGAGAAGAUUUAGAAAAUGCAUGAGGAACUAAGACAAAGAAGACUAUUAAACAAGAGCCAAGGAACCAUUUAAACUUAAUAGCAAAUCAAUUCAGGAGUUCCAGAUUCAGGCUCAUAAUAGGGACAAAUGGUUAAUUCGGUCUUACAUGUCGUCGUUGUGGAUCAACCAUAAAGCGGAAACAGUUCAUGUUGUGAUAAAUGUGCAAUUUUCUGA